AUGCCUGGAUCCGGCGACUUUCAAGUAAUCUACCAGCAAAUCCUGCGGCAGAAUCAAGCGAUGGCGGAGCAAAACACCCGCCAGAUGGAGAUGAUGGAACGUUUCGGCAAUCAAGAAAACGUUUCCAAUCGGUCGGCGGGCAGCCCGGAGUUCAUCAUCGAAUCUCUGGCCUCCAACAUCCGGGAGUUCGUCUACGAUCCAGACAACGGGCUCGUUUUCGACCGGUGGUACCGGAAGUACGAAGACCUUUUCCUCAAGGACGGAGCGAAGUUGGACGAUGCGGCGAAAGUGCGGUUGCUGUUGAGAAGCCUCAGCGUGACGGUGCACGACAAGUACGUCAACUUCGUGCUCCCAAAGCACCCCCGUGAGUACUCGUUCGAUGAGACGGUGAAGAAGCUGACAGAGCUGUUCAGCGUCCGAAUCUCCCUGUUCAGCAAGCGGUACCAGUGCUUCCAGCUAACGAAGCACGACGCGGACGACUUUCUAACGUACGCUGGGACGGUCAACCGAUGCUGUGAAGACUUCGAGCUCAGCAAGAUCACGGCGGACCAAUUCAAGAGCCUGAUUUUCACCUGUGGGCUUCGAUCAUCGAAGGACGCAGACAUCCGAACGAGACUCCUAUCCAAGCUUGAGGCUAACGCGGCGCAUGAAUGCACUCUGGAAUCACUCAUCACGGAGUGCCAACGUCUGCAAAACCUCAAGCACGACACGGCCAUGGUGGAACACAAGAAAACGAUGAGUACAAUCUGCGCAGUCAAGCAGAACAAGCCUCCACCGAUGACACUGAGUUCCAAAAAGAAGAAGAAGACGAAGUCCGAAGGUCCAAAAACACCCUGCUGGCAGUGUGGCGGAACGCACUACGUCCGGGACUGCACCUACACGAAGCACGUUUGUCGGGACUGCAAGCAAACCGGCCACAAAGAAGGGUAUUGUGGCAGCUACACAUCGAAGGCGGCACUCAAGAAGAAGAAGGACGUGAACGGAAUUUUCUCCAUCAACCAGGUCAGCUGCACUUUUAGACGGAAGUUCCUAACGGUGGAUAUCAACGGAUCUCAAGUCACUCUGCAGUUGUACACCGCGUCCGACAUCACCAUCGUUUCAAAGAAGCAGUGGAAGAAGAACCUGGGCUCGCUAACGCUGACUCCCACAACACGAACUGCCCGGACUGCGUCGGGUGACGCUUUUCAUCUACUUGGUGAACUCCGAUACCCAAUCAAACUCGGAGGUGUCACCAAAACCGCAACUUUCUACGUGACCAACAACAGCAUCAACCUGAUCGGUCUGGACUGGAUCGAGCUGUUCAAGCUGUGGGACACCCCGCUAUCUGCAAUCUGCAACCAGGUCCACGUUGCCGAUGGUCAAGUCAAUCAAAUCCAAGUGUACAAAGCUGCGUAUCCCGAAGUGUUCAAGAACGGCCUCGGACACUGCAAGAAGAUGAAGGUCCGACUCUAUCUCAAGCCCGAUGCCAAACCCGUUUUCAAGCCGAAGCGCCCAGUUCCUUUCACGUCCAUGGAGAAGAUCGAUGCGGAGCUGGACCGACUUCAAUCGCUGGGCAUCAUCACGCCUGUCGAUUUCUCGCAGUGGGCGGCUCCGAUCGUCGUAGUGAAGAAGCCCAGAGGAAAAAUACGAAUCUGUGCCGAUUACUCAACUGGACUGAACGCUGCCCUGGAGCCCAACCAUUACCCGCUACCGGUCCCUGAUGACAUCUUUACCAAGUUCAAUGGGUGCCGGUAUUUCAGCGUCAUCGAUGACGCCUAUCUUCAAGUGGAAGUUGACGACGACUCGAAGCAGCUGCUCACAAUCAACACGCAUCGAGGUCUCUUCCGCUUCAACCGGCUCGCACCAGGAGUAAAAUCCGCUCCCGGGGCUUUCCAGCAAUUGAUGAACAGCAUGGUUGCCGAUUUCGAAGGAGUGGACACGUUUCUGGACGACACCUUCGUGGCCAGCAAAACCGAAGAGGAGCACCACAAGAUGCUCAACGCACUGUUUCAACGCCUUCAAGCCUACGGUUUCGUUCUGAGAGAAGAAAAGUGCAACAUUCUGAAGGUGAAGUAUUUGGAGCACAUCGUAGACGAGAACGGUCUCCGUCCAGACCCAUCCAAGGUGGAAGCCAUUGUCAAGAUGCCACCGCCCAAAGAUGUCACAACUCUACGCUCGUUCCUUGGUGCGGUGAAUUUCUACGCGAAGUUUGUCCCGGAGAUGCACCAACUGCGGCGGCCACUCGACGCGCUGCUGAAGAAGGAUGCCAAAUUCGUUUGGAACAGCGAGUGCCAGAAAUCGUUCAGGCGCUUCAAGGAAGUACUCCAGUCGGAUUUGCUUCUGACACACUACGAUCCAUCACUAGAGAUCAUAGUUGCUGCCGACGCCUCGCAGUCAGGAAUCGGUGCCUGCCUUCUACACAGGUCCCCCGAUGGCUCACUCAAAGCUGUUGCACACGCUUCCCGCUCACUCACCCCCGCGGAGGCAAAUUACGGACAGAUCGAGAAGGAAGGUCUUGCACUGGUGUUUGCCGUGACGAAUUUCCAUCGGAUGCUGCUCGGAUGCAAGUUCACCCUCCAGACGGAUCAUCAGCCACUCCUGCGGAUAUUCGGACAGAAGGGUAUUCCGGUUCACACGGCCAACCGCCUUCAACGUUGGGCUCUAACGCUUCUGUGCUACAACUUCGACAUCGAGUACGUGUCCACCACGCAGUUUGGAUAUGCCGACGUACUGUCCCGCCUCAUCAACGGUUACGUCAAACCAGAGGAGGACUUCAUCAUCGCAUCGAUUCAACUGGAAGACGACAUCGAGAUUCCACUCCAGGAAGCCAUCAGUCCGCUGCCAGUUACGUUCAAAUCGGUGCGCGGCGCUACUCUCCAGUGCCCAGUUCUCCAACAAGGUUCUCCAACCAGCGUGGAUGACCCUCCAAAAUCGAUGACAUCGCUAACCCUGAAGUUCGCCCUUUCUUCGCUCAUCGAGAUGCUCUAUCGGUAGUGAAGGGGUGCGUCAUGAUGUCCAACCGUUUGGUGAUUCCGGACAUUUUUCGGCAGCGGAUUCUCAAGCAACUCCGCCGAGGACAUCCGGGAAUGGAGCGGAUGAAAGCUAUCGCACGUAGUCACGUGCA